AUGCAAAGCUUACUAAAGAUGUUCAACUUAUCCAACGCUCCCACCGUACCUCUCGACGACGAUGAACUCAGUGGCGAAGCGGACGAGCCGCCAGACGAUCGAAUUUGCCCUCUCAAUACGCAGUUCCAUCGGGAUGGUCUGCACAGCAGAUCGAUGGCUCCUAUAAACCCUCGGCGUGAGUCGUUACUGACUCGGGCCAUCCUGGCUGAAUCAAAGAACGACGACACCUCCCGCGGCCUCUCUACAACCUCAUCACGCAGCACUGGUAGCAUGGCCUCGACCGCGGAGCUGACCAGCGACGGCGAUGCUACAAGCCCCUCGCGUUCGACAACCCCUAGUCCACCACCUCCGCCAGGUCGGUAUUCUCGACUUCUCAACUUAAAGAAAGAGGGUCCACCGGCCCCGAAAGUCGUGAUUGCCCCAGUUGUGGAAGAUGACAAGCCAGCCGUGGCCGACGUCGGCGAGGCUGCCGUUGAGAAGACGCUUGGCCGUAAACGUUGCAUAAUGUUUGCCUGUGGCGGGACUGAUUCGGAGAAGAGCAAAGAUAAUGUCUCGUUGCCAACAAAAGCUCCUGCCGGCCUAGAAGCGCCAAAGCGGAAGUGCAUGCUAACCUUUGCUUGCCCUACUCGGUCCGAUUCCAACGAGAACAAGGUGUCCUCGUCGAAACUUCGCGUUGAGCAAAAGUCCUCGCGUCGUCCUUCGCCUGCACCAGCAUCCAUACGCAGACCAAAUUCAGGGUCUGCAGAUCUCUCUGGCCGAUCGGUCGAAACAGCCAAGCCAUCUUCUCCUCAUCGGCUACGACCCAACCCACCUUCGCACAAAACAUCGUUUCACGAGUUUGGCAGUUCUCAUGACGAGACCGAUUCCUGGGUUGACAAACCGGUUAUCCACAAAACCAAGCUGACCUUGAAUGAUUGCAUGGAAAAGGAGAUCCGCAUCCGUGAUAUUGGACGGCAGGCAGAAGAGGAAGCAGAGGAGGAAGAACGCGAGCAGGAAGAGCUUGAAGCCGAAUUGGAAGUCAAUGACAACGAAGAUGAUUUCGCUCCCUCGGACGACGAUGCCGCUUCUGAUGGGGGUAACGAGUCCGAUGACGAAGGCGGAUUUGCCAGCUCAGAUGAUGAAAGUGAUGCGGGCUCGGAAUAUCAAUUCUGGGCGCCCUCUACCAACAUUGCUCGCGGUAGCAUGGAACACAUGAACCUCCGCCACUUCAGCUCUCGUCAGCAAUCUCCGGCCAGUUCAAUCGAGUCCUUGACCCAUUCGGGGAGCCCUCCUCUUCACUCCAGGACAUGGUUUGUUCGUCGAGGCAGGAGGCAAGUGCCCAGGGUGCCGAGAAUGAGACCAGGAACCCCUGAGCUACCAGACAGCACUGACUUCGUCUGCGGAACCCUCGAUGAAGAUCGACCAUUGGAAGCAGCGUACAUAUCGUGUCGUGAACAGAAGAAACGCGAGAAACACAUUCCGAUUCCACAGGAUAUUGACCCGAGCUUCCCCACCACGGACCCAGACGAGGAGGAAGAUGAGUGCGAUGACCAUGAGAUUGAGGAGUUGCAGCAUAGCUCUAGCGACGCCCGCUGGCCCAUGGAUCAAUUCGCGCGGUUCGAAGAUGAUACUCGGGGUCGCCGCAAGUCACCAGUCCUGUCACCCCAGCACCACUCCCCCCCGGCUCAUGUGGCCUUUGGUGGCAGGCAAGAGCACCGCCGCGGAAUUCAUCGUUCGCCACCUCCACCAAAGCAUGUCAUUGCACGAUCUCCAGUGUCAGCGCGAAAGCUUUUCGGUCAUUCACCAUCAAGACUUAGAUCGCCACCUCCUCCUGCCCGACUCCGAUCACCCCGUGGGUCGCCUACAUAUGUGAAUGUCCCAUCCCGCAUGGGUACUAGAGGCCUUGCUCAACGUCCACAUAUGGAACGUACUGCAUCUCUUCCUGACACGCCUAACCCCUUCUUCCGAAAUUUCAACAUUGGAAGUCCUUCCAUUUCCAACAUCGCCUCUGGAGCGGUCACUCCCGUCGUUGAGGGGCCUCCUCGCUUGGACAUGCAUGUGCGUGGACCGGUUGACAUUGUCAUGGGGCUCGAGAAAAAACGCCAAAAGCGUAAAGAGAAAUAUUGGCGCCAGCAUUGGCGCAAGGCUCGAGAACAAGGAGAACGAAGACCCCUUCGCGGCCGUGGGGCCGAAAGAAUGAAGGAACUCGGUCUUGUGUGUGCUGAACGGUUGAAGGGAUACGGCGUUGGCCAGCAGACCCAACUGGUACUUUCACUCUAG